CAAAAACACGUGCCAAUCACGUGACUAUCCCUCCAAACUCCCCUGUUUCGUCCCCUUUUCAAAACUUAAAAAAAAAAACUGAACUUUUCUUUCAGUCUCAACUCUUUUUACGCCAUUAAAACUGGAAAAAGCUAUGGUUUUGACACAAUUUGUCUUUCCUCUGCUGUAGCUGCGCUUCAUGAAACAAAGGUCGUUAUUUUUUCAUGGCGGCAACCAAGUUGCUUACAAUCUCCAUAGCACUUGCUGCUCUUUCUGCAUCAGCAGCAGCUAUAGGUGUUGUGUUUUGGAGAAGAAAGACAAGGGCAGAUGAGGAGAAAAUACGAGAGUUGGAAAGAUCUUUGAAGGCUGCAUUGCAAAACUGUGGUGCUGAGAGGCAAGGCCGCAUUAGAGCUCAACAGGCAUUGAGGAAAGUUGCCAACUCAAAUGAUUCUAAUAAUUCAUAUCCUUUGACACCUAUUGCAAUCACUCGGUCAUGCUUCUCCACGAGGAAUGGGACUCCGAGGCAACCUUUGGUUGUACCACUUGCUAAAGCAUGUCUAGUAUUUGAUCCAACUCGAGUUCCACCUGCAUCUCUUGAAGGUCUUGAAGGCUAUUCACAUUGUUGGAUAAUUUAUGUGUUUCAUCUAAAUACGGAUCUUGACAAGUUAUGGAAACAUCCAUCGCGGUCUAAGUUCAAGGCAAAGGUAAGAGUACCAAGGCUGAAAGGAGAAAGGAUGGGGGUCUUUGCGACAAGAUCUCCUCAUCGCCCAUGCCCUAUAGGCCUCACUGUUGCAAAGGUUGAUAUUGUGGAUGGGAAUAAAGUUUUCAUUUCUGGUGUUGAUUUAGUUGAUGGAACUCCCGUCCUUGACAUCAAGCCAUAUCUUCCAUACUGUGAUAGCAUCCCUGGUGCAAUGGUCCCCGAUUGGGUAAAGGCGGAUAAUAUGUUAGCUAUAACAUCUGUUAGCUUCUCUCACGACUUCUCUGCCUCUCUGAACCAUUGUUGGUCAAGAAAAAUACAGAAGAAGAAGAAAACCGAGAUAUCACUUUAUACAUCUCCUACUGAAUUUCAAAACUUAAUUCAACAAGUGCUGUCAUGGGACAUACGAUCAGUAUCUCAGAGAAUUCGACCUCAUAAGACUGAAAAUAGCAGCAUGAAUAAUGCAACGCUUGAAGAUGACGACAGUCAAGAGGAAGUUCAUUUUUCUGAUGAUAUUGUUUACCACCUUAUUUUGGAAGGCCUCGACACCUCCUACAAAAUUGACUAUGACGGCAAUGUUCAUGUCAAAAAGAUUGAACCUUGUACUGCAAACUGAAGCAAGUUAUGGUUUGAAUUUUUUCAUGUUGUAGUUUUAUCUGCUGUGAUAUGAAUUAUGUAGGGUACUGCUGGUCUAAACCAACCCUGUUUUUGGAGUUUUACAAAUCAUGGCUUCCGCGAUAUUACUUUCGUUAUGCAGCUACCAGAUAAUUGAUCCUGGUAGUGAUAAUUUUGCAGUAAUGUAGACAUGUAUGAGUCUGUAAUAUUGUUACCAUUGUCUUCCA